UGAGAUACAGAAGCAAAUUGUUGAUCAAACAAUCAAGGAAUCGGAUCAAUGUGAUAAGGAGAAAGAGAAAUUCAGCAAAGAAGUUUCUUAAGCAAGACACCAUUGAUCUGCUUGCGAAUCAUUUACAGUAUUGAAACUGUUCAAGUGGAUUUGGCAUGUUAUCACACAAGGCUGUGCACCUGAUUCAAGGCAUAAACGAGCAAAAUCAAGGGAGAGACGGAGAGAGAAUGAGAGUGGCGGAGGCCGGAGAGACGGUGCUUGUUGGUCUUCCACCUUUUAAUGCAGAGCAUCCUCAGACUAUAUUUGAUAAUAUUCUUAAUCGUAAUAUACCUUGGCCUGCAGUUCCUGAAGAAAUGAGUCCUGAAGCUCAAGAUCUUAUUGAUCGAUUAUUGACUGAAGAUCCUAACCAAAGACUUGGAGCUAGAGGUGCAUUAGAGGUGAAAGAACAUGUUUUCUUUAAGGAUAUAAAUUGGGACACACUUGCUAGACAGAAGGAUACAAUGAAGAUUAAGCUGAUUAUUAUUGUGGUUUUGGCUAAGAUAGAGUGCUAUUUAGAAUUUACAUAUUGGUUGACUAAUGAUUUUUAUUAG